UGCGCUGUCCGCCCCUUAAAACCGAGAUCCACUCAAAAUAACCCAGCCAGUAGAGUUGAGAGACCUGUCUCUUUAAAUUGGUGUCAAAGGCGAUUAGAGCUGAUCUCAGUCGUGAUUCUGUUUUACCGUCUGUUCCCUGGAUCUCAUUUUUUUGUGCUCUGCUACGUGCACGAUAUACGAUCCUGUUGUGGCUUUGUUCUGACGUUUAUUUCUGUUCAAAAGUUAAGUUUUGCUACCAUGGAUUGGUUGUUUUACUCAUUUGGAUAAGUCGCUUUUGGGGUUCGUUCGGAUAUGGGUUGCGCCGCACAACACGUUUGAGCAGCUAACCAACUUUUCCACGCGCAACAGUUCUGAACAUCACCUUCUCUUUUUAUACUAAAAGUCCUUUUCAGCGUGAUCUUCAACGGGGGCAGACUUCUCUGACAUGGUGUCGGGCUAAUAGAUCCAGUUUAAAACCGAGACGGAAAAUGCAGAAAAGUGUACGAUACAAUGAGGGGCAUGCACUGUAUCUCUCAGUGGUUGCGCGCAAAGAAGGGACUAAGCGCGGCUAUCUGAGCAAAAAGACCACAGAAAACAGCCGAUGGCACGACAAAUAUUUCGCACUGUAUCAAAAUGUCCUGUUUUAUUUCGAAAAUGACCAGAGCGCUCGGCCAUCCGGGAUUUAUUUGUUAGAGGGAUGCACUUGCGAAAGGGUCCCCGCGCCGAAAGUGUCCGCGGUGAGCAAAGAAACUCUGGACAAGCAGCACUACUUUCUCAUCGUCUUUGGCCACGAUGGUCAGAAGCCGCUGGAACUGCGGACUGAGGAGGAGGAGGAGUGCGACGAAUGGGUGGAUGCCAUUCAGCAGGCCAGCUAUUCUGACAUCAUCAUCGAGCGCGAGGUGCUGAUGCAGAAGUACAUCCACCUGGUGCAGAUCGUGGAGACGGAGAAGGUGGCGGCCAACCAGCUCCGCACACAGCUGGAGGACCAGGACACGGAGAUAGAGAGACUCAAGGCUGAGAUCAUAGCUCUGAAUAAAACAAAGGAAAGGAUGCGGCCCUACCACAUAAAUCAUGAGGAAGAAGACCCUGACAUUAAAAAGAUAAAGAAGGUGCAGAGCUUCAUGCGCGGUUGGCUGUGCAGGCGGAAGUGGAAGAUCAUUGUUCAGGACUAUAUCUGCUCUCCCCACGCAGAGAGCAUGAGGAAGAGGAACCAGAUCGUCUUCAACAUGGUGGAGGCCGAGUCCGAGUACGUCCACCAGCUCUCCAUCCUGGUCAACUGCUUCCUGCGGCCACUGCGCAUGGCCGCCAGCUCCAAGAAACCGCCCAUCAGUCACGAUGAUGUCAGCAGCAUCUUCCUCAACAGUGAGACCAUAAUGUUCCUCCAUGAGAUAUUCCACCAAGGCCUUAAGGCGAGGAUAGCUAACUGGCCGACAUUAGUUUUAGCCGACCUCUUCGACAUCCUGCUGCCCAUGCUGAACAUCUACCAGGAGUUUGUGCGCAACCACCAGUACAGCCUGCAGGUGCUGGCCAACUGCAAGCAGAACCGCGACUUCGACAAGCUGCUGAAGCAGUAUGAGUCCAACGCAGCCUGCGAGGGAAGGAUGCUGGAGACCUUCCUCACCUACCCCAUGUUCCAGAUUCCUCGCUACAUCAUCACCCUCCAUGAGCUGCUGGCCCACACCCCUCAUGAGCACGUGGAGCGAAAGAGCCUGGAGUUCGCCAAGUCCAAGCUGGAAGAGCUGUCCAGGGUCAUGCACGAUGAGGUGAGUGACACGGAGAACAUUCGUAAGAACCUGGCCAUCGAGCGCAUGAUUGUGGAGGGCUGCGACAUCCUGCUGGACACCAGCCAGACCUUUGUGCGCCAAGGCUCUCUGAUCCAGUUGCCCUCAGUGGAGAGGGGGAAGCUCAGUAAAGUGCGGCUGGGCUCUCUCUCCCUGAAGAAGGAGGGCGAGCGACAGUGUUUCCUCUUCACCAAACACUUCCUCAUCUGCACCCGCAGCUCCGGGGGCAAACUGCACCUGCUCAAACAAGGAGGGGUCCUCUCGCUUAUUGAGUGCACCCUCAUUGAAGAGCCAGAUGCCAGCGAUGAAGAGUCCAAGACCACAGGACAGGUGUUCGGCCACCUGGACUUCAAGAUGGUGGUGGAGCCCUCGGAUGGGCCGUCCUUCACGGUGGUGCUGCUGGCCCCCUCGCGACAGGAGAAGGCCGCCUGGACCAGCGACAUCAGCCAGUGUAUCGACAACAUCCGCUGUAAUGGCCUGAUGACCAGUGUGUUCGAGGAGAACUCCAAAGUCACCGUGCCUCACAUGAUCAAAUCGGAUGCUCGGCUGCACAAAGAUGAUAUAGACAUCUGCUUCAGCAAGACGCUCAACUCCUGCAAGGUGCCGCAGAUCCGCUACGCCAGCGUGGAGCGGCUCCUGGAGCGGCUGACCGACCUGCGCUUCCUCUCCAUCGACUUCCUCAACACCUUCCUGCACACCUACCGCAUCUUCACCACCGCCGCCGUCGUCAUGGACAAGCUGGCCGACAUCUACAAGAAGCCCUUCACCUCUAUCCCCGUCAGGGUCCAAUAUCACUCAUUCGACCGCUUGUCCUUGUCCUCCAUCAGUCCAGACUACAGCCUGAAGAUCAGAAAAAUAUCCCUGGACCAGUCAAAGUCCCUGGAGCUGUUCUUUGCCACCAACCAGAACAACCGGAGCGGGGAGCACGCGAACGACAAAACGCCCCGCCUCUGCCGCAAGUUCUCCUCCCCUCCCCCGCUCUCCGUCCCGUCCCGUACCUCGUCCCCCGUCCGCACCCGAAAGCUGUCCCUCAACUCGCCCUUGGGCACCAAGGCCCUGGACCUCUCCGCCUCCUCCCCCUCCUCCUCGGCCGCCGGCAGCCCCACCUCCACCUGCAACCCGACCGUGUCCCCCCCGCCCGGCGGCAACCCCUCCGUGUCCCCCCCGGCCGGCAGCACCAAAGCCCCCCUGGACCUGAGCCGGGGCCCCUCCUCGCCCGAGCAGAGCCCCGGGGCGCUGGAGGACGGGGGCGAGGCGCCCCGAAUCGACGCCUUCUGCGGGAAACUGAGGCGGAGCAUCCGAAGGGCGGUGCUAGAGUCCGUGUCGCUGGACAAGUUCAUCCCAGAAACAGGCCAGGCCAGCGAAUCGGGCGAGGCGUCCCCUUCCCGCUCGCCUUCCACGCCUCGCCACCUCCGCUACCGCCAGCCCGGAGUCCAGUCGGCGGAGAACUCCCGCUGCUCGGUGUCCCCCGCCUCUGCGUUCGCCAUCGCCACGGCAGCGGCCGGACACAGCAGCCCGCCAGCAUUUAACAACUCGGAGAGAACCUGCGACAAAGAGUUCAUCAUCCGCCGGGCGGCCACCAACAGAGUCCUCAACGUGCUACGCCACUGGGUCUCCAAGCAUUCGCAGGACUUCGAGAUGAGCAGUGAGCUGAAGAUGGGGGUGAUCGUCCUGUUGGAGGAGGUCCUUCGGGACCCAGACCUGCUGCCGCAGGAGAGGAAAGCUACAGCAAACAUAUUAAGUGCACUUUCUCAGGAUGAACAGGAAGAUGCACAGCUCCGGAUAGAGGAUAUCUUACAGAUGGCUGAAUGCCCCAAGACUGAGUGCUUUGAGUCACUGUCGGCCAUGGAGUUGGCAGAGCAGAUAACGCUGCUGGACCACAUAGUUUUCAGAAGCAUCCCUUAUGAGGAAUUCCUGGGUCAGGGCUGGAUGAAGGUGGAUAAGACGGAGCGCACCCCUUACAUCAUGAAGACCAGCCAGCACUUCAAUGAUAUGAGUAACCUGGUGGCGUCCCAGAUCAUGACUCACACGGAUGUGGGCUCCAGGGCCAGCUCCAUAGAGAAGUGGGUGGCGGUGGCCGACAUCUGCCGCUGCCUGAACAACUACAACGGCGUGCUGGAGAUCACCUCCGCCCUCAACCGCAGCGCCAUCUACAGGCUGAAGAAGACCUGGGCCAAGGUGUGCAAGCAGACUAAAGCACUGAUGGACAAGCUGCAGAAGACCGUGUCAUCUGAAGGAAGAUUUAAGAACCUGAGGGAAACAUUAAAAAAUUGUAACCCCCCUUGCGUUCCCUACCUGGGUAUGUACUUGACGGACCUGGCCUUCAUCGAGGAGGGGACUCCCAAUUUCACUGAGGAGGGCCUGGUCAACUUUUCCAAGAUGAGAAUGAUAUCCCACAUCAUCCGUGAGAUCCGUCAGUUCCAGCAGACCCCCUAUAGGAUAGAGCACCAACCAAAGGUCACUCAGUACCUGAUGGAUAAAACCCUCACCAUGGAUGAAGACACCCUCUAUGAGCUCUCUCUGAAGAUCGAACCCAGGCUCCCUGCUUGAUAGCUGCCACACCCAGACGCUUCACGCCCUGGCCCUGUAGGGGGCGCUGUGCAAUAGGACGUGGCGCAUUGCAUGCCUGGCACUUUGAAAAGAACAGGAAGGACUGGUGCAGGGAGAGAGGGAACGAGUGCUCUCAAUUGAGUAGGAGAGAGGGAAGGAGAGAGAGAGAGGUAAAUAAGAAAUGAGACCAAAGGCAGGGAGGGAGAAUGAGGUGAUUCUUUCUUGAAUCCCAAAUUUGAAAUGUCACAGCAAGUGCUUGCGGUAGUGGUGUACAUAGGCGAUCAGGAAGAGGAGGUUUGGGUACUACGUCCCAUGUCAAAGGUUAAAAGGAAGAGGGAUGGUGUUUAUGCACUGUAUGUAGCUGCUCAUUAAUGUGGCAAUGGUAGAAAAAGAAAUGUGUAGGUGUAAAAAGAUUUUUUUUAAAAAGAAGAUAAAAGAAAUGUAGCAUGUAUAGAAAUGAACAAAAACCUAUUAGAACAUUUUGACUUUCUUCUCUGGCUGCUGUCUUCUAAUUCUGCAUUCUUGGCCAGUCGGGGGAGGGGGGCGUUGACUCAGAUCGCGACAGUGACAAUUUUCAUUUGCCCUGUGAACUCAGAUCUUUUAUCUUUUCCUGUCUCUUGACUCCUCGUCUGGGCAUGAUACUUGGACCACUCGGAAGGCGGGAUAUCCCUUUCCAGCCGUCCCUCACAAAUUGGUUUGUGAACCAGGGCUCACAGGAAACUAGAAACCCUACAUGACGAGGGGGAAGAAUCAGUUUUGUAAUUCAGUCGGCACAUUGCGUUCAUUAAACAAAAUAUGAUCAGAUCUGCUUGACGCUAAAGGCUAAAUUCUUAUACAUUCCUAUAAAUUAUCCGUGAUUAUUAAUGUCUUAUAUGACCAAUGUUAGCAUUGAUAUCUAUGCCAAGAAUAGUUCUUCUGGAGCUCAAGAGUUUGUCGAACCAGGCUGAUUGUAAGAGGCUGUUGUAUUCACACGUCUGUGGUGCCUUUUAUGAAUAUGUUAGAAAUACGGCAUAGACACAGUUCUUGUUCCAGAACGAGUAUGAAGAAUCAGUUGUGUUUGUAACUGUGAAGCAGCAAUCAAGGAACCAAGAUCUCUGUCACAGGUACAUGAAUCCAUUAAAUCUUGAAAUCAUUUGUCACAAGCGCUCACAGAUCCCCUCUAUGUCAAUGUCAGUCGUGAACUAGUGAACACCGGUAGACAUCUUCCUGUAAAUGUAUUCAAAAUUUUAAUAAAAAAUGCAAGCAGGAUAAAUGUCAAGCAGGAUAAAUUUGAAGUGAGGCGAAUGCUGGUCUUUAUUAAUCGUUAAGCAUAGUUGUUAGCAGAUUUACCUAGCGUCUCCAGGAUGAGGAGCAGUUAAGCUCCAGUGAAAUUUGGAGAUCUUGCCCUUUAUUAAGAACAGAGACAUUGCAUGGCAACCGGGGGCCCAUUUCCUGUUGGCACAAGCAAGGGAAGCAUGUAGUGGAAACUAAGGGCCAGUGGAACUGCAGACUUCAUUACUGAAACCACUGACACUCUACCACUGCCAGCAGACUUGUUCCUGUGUAUAGCUUGAACAUUCAUGUAUUCAGAGUAUGAUAUUGUCCACAUUCACUUCCACAGGCUCACUGGAUCUUAGAUCAGCGCACGCAGAGCAUGUGCUAGGUUUUCUUAGUACAUGCAGCUUCAUGCAUUCUUCCAAGAAUCAACUGAUUAAUAGAAGGUGUGGCCCAGGAACAUGUAUACCGAGACACUUAGCACUCAAUGCCAGGGGGAUUCUUUCCUUGAGGAAGCCUUUUGAAAUCUUGCCUGCCGAUCCUCUAUUUGUUCUAGAAAGUUCUCCAUCAGUUGUGUGAAAGCACAUGCUGCCAGAUGCUGUAUCUUUUCUCUCUGAAGUCCAGCUGCACAGUUGUGUAGACACUGUGUCCAGGGAAUGCAUUUCAUAAGCAGCUGGCAUAGGAGAUUUGAAGCCCUUGUCUUAUCCUGUUUAAUAAAAUGACCUGAUUUCCCUGUAAAUCUUCUCCAUUAGAUCUCAGCAGCGAUAAAUGAAGGCAGCAAGGUGUUUAUCAGGUCUCUGUCAGUUAUUUAUCAAUGACCGAGAUAAACAGCCUUUCUGGGAUAGUGAUACCAAUCCAUGAAUGGAGACGCAAACUGGAGCCGAUCAUGUAACUGAUCGUUGUUGUUGAUAUAGUGUCUCCCUCUAGUGGCCACAUGUAAUAUUAAUCCUUGUUAUGCUCUUGGUGCUGAUAACUACAUUUACUUUUGUGGAUUAGGUUUCAAAAUGCCAUGAAGCACCUUCUUCUGACCUGACACAUUAUUAACAGGCUAAUGCUGUUUCAUUUUGCAAUUGCUCUGAAUGGAAGUAGACUUUUAUUUAUAUUUUUAGAUGUCAACUUGAUAAAAGUAAGAUUUCUUAGCCUCCCAUUGAAAAUCAAUAAUAUCAGCAUAAAUCAAGAGAAAACAGUUAAUGGAGAAUAUUUCACAUACAUGGAUCCCUGUUUAAAGUGCAUGUGUAGAUAAUUUAUUAAUGUUGCUCAUAGAUUUAUUCUUACUGAUGUACUUUUCUGCUUUUGGCAUGCAUCGUUGCAGUAGUCUUCUCUUUUCUUAACCAAAAAGUUUAAUAUAGUUUACGCAAUGACACUGCACAAUUAAUGCCUCCAUCUGAAGCAGUUGUGAUGACGCUUAUGGAGAACUUUGAGAAAACUGUGGUGGGCUAUCUUGCCUAUAGCAUGAAUAAAUUGUUUGCAUGCAAAAGACGACUUGUAAAAAAAAAAAAAGAAGCCACCUCUAUGGUUAUUAGGUUACUAUAAAUCCUAUAAUAUAAAUCUUUCUUGUUUCCUUCAAGUCAAAUUGUGAAUAUCCAUUAACUACGUUUGACAAACCACUUCUGAGCAGCAAACUUUACAUGAAAGUUAAAAAAGUUUACACUUCUAAACGGGAGAGCUUUUCUGAGCACUAAAUCUGAGUACAUCUGUUGCAAAAACAUCGGGGAGUACAGAAGGAUUAAUUUAGCCAAGACCUUUCUCAAAAUGAAAAAGACACUUCUCUCCUGUGUAGAAUUUAAACUACACUACUGACUGAGCAUGGUUAUUAAACAGACAGAGGGUAAAAUGGUGCUGGAAUGAACUGUACUCUCAGAAAUGUAGCUUUGCUUGUUGUGACACAGUCUUUGUGUUUUAAUGUUUAAUGUAUUUAAUUCAGUAUAUAUUUAUUUGGCCCCCUUUUUGUAUAUAAUGUGUCAUGGAAAUGUAAUGUAUAGGUUUUAUUUAGGAUAUUUUGUCCUGUUGUGAAGCAUUUUAUUCUUUAAUCAUUUUUUAUUAUUAUUGUUAUCACUUUCUUAUCUUUAACAAGCUACCAUAGAUCUUUUCCUCCCUGAAAUGUUUAUCAUUGCAAAAAUAGUGAUAAAAAAUGUAGCAGGUUGAUGAGAUUUUUAAAUUUAUUUCUUAUGGGUCUUGUGUGAAAUGCAAAUGCUGAUCAUGGACGCCCUGCAUGUUUUGCAUGUUAAAGAACAGGAUACACAGGAUACCUGUCCUGACAUUUGCUUUUUUUACAUUACUGUAUUACAUGUUUUUUGUUUGUGUCUUUUGAGUCCAUUGAGUCUUACAGAGGAUGUGCAGCUAUUUCUAAGCCAUUGCCUGUACUGUAUGUACGAUUAAAAAAAUCUUUUAAGUGAA